AUGAGCUUGCAAUCACUUAAUCCAGAAUUAGCAGCUAAAAUUUUAUUGUUGACUAAUUUGCAACGAAAUUUGAUUCAAAAUCAAAAUAUUGUAAAGGAAAAUACAGCUGAAAAAAAUAAUUUAACAUCGGCACUAAUCGGACAACAACAAUCAAUCCAUCCACUUUUGAUGCCUUCAUUAAAUGUCUCUUCACAAAAAAUCUCGGCUAUGUUAGCUGCGCUAACUCCAUCAUUGUUGAAAACCAUGCCACUGGAACAACCAUCUCUUGCAACGUCAAGUCACAAUACAAUCAACUCGGGGAUGGUCAAUUCAUCAGCAAAUAUCCGUUCUAAUGCAUCUAGCUUUGGAUGGGGAAAUCGUGAACGUAAAAUGGAAGAAAAUUGGCGUAUGCAAAAUCGAAAUGUUUAG